CUCAAAAAAAUAAAGUAUUGUGUAUAUGUAGUUUUUAAAAUCCUUACCUUUUAGAGAUACAAAAAUAUUUAUGAAUAAAAUGAUAUGACGCCUGGGUUUUGCUUCAAAACGAUGGUGGGAGAGGAAUGUAGAUGAAAUAAAAUUGAUUAUGACUUGCGGUUGCUGAGGAAUCGGGGUCACGGGGGUUCGUUGAACCUCCUAUCAGAUGUGGUCCAGAAGCCUCAGAUCUGGGAGCUGGCUAGAAAUGCAGACUCUCGGCUCCAUCCCAGACCUACUGAGUCAGGAUCCGUAUUUUAAUCAAAUAAAAUGCCCAGGGGAUUCCUGAGCACACUCGAGUGUGAGAAGCGCUGGCUUACUCUGUUCACUUCUUUCCUGCAUGUUUGACAUUUUCCAUAAUUAAGAGGUUGUGGGGUUUUGUUUUGCUUUCCUGUGUCUUCACAGUCACGAGGAGCUCUUCCUACGGAGACCAGGGCUGGAGGGAGCUGGGAAGCGCUGCCUCCCGGCUCCUGCCUCCUGCUUGUACCCACCAGCGCCGCCGCUGGCCCGCGCUCGGUCGGGAGGCACCUGGGUCCCGCAGGGCAGCCCCGACCCUGUGCCUGGGCCGCACCUGCAGCGGGGGUUCCGUCGGGCCGGGCGGAAGCGCGGGAGCGCAGGGCUGGGCAGGCCCGGGCGUGGCGGCCCCGGCGCACCUGGGCGAGCCGGCAGGUGGGAGCGUCGCGGCCCGGGGCCCCCGCCCUCGCGCGGGGGAGGAGCGGGCGGCGCGGGGCGGGCGCAGCGGGGGCCGGGGUGCUGGGAGCCCGUUGGGCCGCGAACGCAGCCGCCACGCCGGGGCCGCCGAGAUCGGGUGCCCGGGAUGAGCCUCAUCCGGAAAAAGGGAUUCUACAAGCAGGACAUCAACAAGACCGCCUGGGAGCUACCCAAGACCUACGUGUCCCCGACGCACGUCGGCAGCGGGGCUUAUGGCGCCGUGUGCUCGGCCAUCGACAAGCGGUCAGGGGAGAAGGUGGCCAUCAAGAAGCUGAGCCGGCCCUUUCAGUCCGAGAUCUUCGCCAAGCGCGCCUACCGGGAGCUGCUGCUGCUGAAGCACAUGCAGCAUGAGAAUGUCAUUGGGCUCCUGGAUGUCUUCACCCCAGCCUCCUCCCUGCGCAACUUCCAUGACUUCUACCUGGUGAUGCCCUUCAUGCAGACGGAUUUGCAGAAGAUCAUGGGGAUGGAGUUCAGUGAGGAGAAGAUCCAGUACCUGGUGUAUCAGAUGCUCAAAGGUCUUAAGCACAUCCACUCAGCUGGGGUCGUGCACAGGGACCUGAAGCCAGGCAACCUAGCGGUGAAUGAGGACUGUGAACUGAAGAUCCUGGAUUUUGGGCUGGCGCGGCAUGCAGAUGCCGAGAUGACUGGCUAUGUGGUGACCCGCUGGUACCGGGCCCCCGAGGUGAUCCUCAGCUGGAUGCACUACAACCAGACAGUGGACAUCUGGUCUGUGGGCUGUAUCAUGGCAGAGAUGCUGACAGGGAAAACUCUGUUCAAGGGGAAAGAUUACCUGGACCAGCUGACCCAGAUCCUGAAAGUGACCGGGGUACCAGGCACGGAGUUUGUGCAGAAGCUGAACGACAAAGCGGCCAAAUCCUACAUCCAGUCCCUGCCACAGACCCCCAAGAAGGAUUUCACUCAGCUCUUCCCGCGGGCCAGCCCCCAGGCCGUGGACCUGCUGGAGAAGAUGCUGGAGCUAGAUGUGGACAAGCGCCUGACAGCCGCGCAGGCCCUCACCCAUCCCUUCUUUGAACCCUUCCGGGACCCUGAGGAAGAGACGGAGGCCCAACAGCCAUUUGAUGAUUCCUUAGAACACGAGAAACUCACAGUGGAUGAAUGGAAGCGGAAUGGACUUUCUCGUCUCAGCACCUCUUUACCCACCUUAAACCAUGCUGCCUUUCUCAGAGCGCAUCUACAAGGAGAUUGUGAACUUCAGCCCCAUUGCCCGGAAGGACUCGCGGCGCCGGAGUGGCAUGAAGCUGUAGGGACUCAUCUCACAUGGCACCGCUGGCCAGACACUGCCCAAGGACCAGUAUUUAUUUGUCACUACCAAACUCAGCCCUUCUUGGAAUACAGCCUUUCAAGCAGAAGACAGAAGGGUCCUUCUCCUUAUGUGGGAAAUGGGCCUAGCAGAUGCAGAAUUCAAAGAUGUUGGCUGGGAGAAGCUAGCUCUGAUCCUAACGGGCCACGUUAAACUGCCCAUCUGGAGAACCGCCUGUGGGUGGGGACCCUUCCCUCCCACUGGAGUGGGGCUGAGCGGGCGCUGAGCCAGGCCGGGGCCUAUGGCAGUGAUGCUGCAUUGGUUUCCUACGAUGCUCUAACGAAUUACCACACAUUGGGUAGCUUGAAACAGCAGAACUUGAUUCCCUCACAGUUCUGGAGGCUGGAAAUCUGGGAUGGAGGUGUUGGCAGGGCUGUGGUCCCUUUGAAGGCUCUGGGUGAGAAUCCUUCCUUGGCUCUUUUUGCUUGUGGUGGCAGUGGGCAGUCCGUGGCAUUCCCCGGCUUAUUGCUGCAUCACUCCAGUCUCUGUCUCUUCUGUUCUCUCCUCUUUUAACAACAGUCAUUGGAUUUAGGGCCCACCCUAAUCCUGUAUGAUCUUAUCUUGAUCCUUAUUAAUUACACCUGCAAAUACUCUAUUUCCAAAUAAAGUCAUAUUCUUAGGUUCCAGGUGGAC